AUGUCUGAUAAACCCGCCAUCCUUCAUCCUCGUCCGCGGCGAGUGUUCGAUCUUACGCCGGCUUCGAACGAAUCGUCCGAAUCUCCUACUCCUGCGGAGCCCGCCAAUUCUGAUCUGCUCAAUCCCAAGGAAGCCGGUUCGACCAGCGUAAGCCGCAAUGCUUCCAUCAUGAACCUGACGUCGUCUACGCUUUAUGGCAUUUAUUCUCCGACCGCAUUCGAAAGCGCCCGAGAUGAGUCGAGCCCCUGGGGCACGGAGGCACAAACACCUAUCUCGGAGGAUCCACCAAGCAUUAAACCGUCUUCUGAGCGGCCGAGUCGCCGUUCACUGCAGAGAACUCGAUCGCGCCUCAGUCAUGGGCUAUUGCGUGGAGUGAUUCUGCCUCAGGUGUUCCGGAGUGUGCUUCUCUUUGGGUUCGGUGUGGCCUACGGAGUUAUCACAGUCCAUUUACAUGAGAAUCACUGGAUCACGCCGGUGAAGUUGGAGAAUGUUCGCUACUACGACUCUUGGCAAUAUCUGGGUUUGUGGGGUCUGGCUGGAGUGGCUCUGGGAAAUGUGCUUCCCUGGCUGGAUUCCUUUGCUGGGGAGUGGGAUACGGAUCGUUCCGGGACCGCCAAAGGGCAGGGGAACAAUCGUCCCAGCGAAGAUCGUACUCCUGCUUGGGUUACAGUGGCUCGGAGCGUGGGGGCCUUUGUUGGAAUUGCGUUUGCUCUGAGGAGACUUCCAUGGGAAUCAACAACUCAGGCGUCUGCCACUCUCGCUCUAGUCAACCCUGUGCUGUGGUAUCUCAUUGACCGCACGAAGGCAGGCUUCAUCUUGUCGACCGUGGUGGGACUAGCCGGGACAGGUGUGGUGCUGGGGCUCAAGCCGGAGCUGGUCCCAACUCCCGCAGAUACUCCUGCGAUUACCAUUCCUCUGCUGAAUGGCACUGUCCUGGAAUAUGGACUGGUGGCGGGCCUCACACAGGAGGCUGUUGCGGUCCGCAUAUGGCUCUCAAGUGUUCUCUUCUGCGCCUGCGUCUGCUUUGGCAACGUCGGCCGGCAACUUGCCAUCGGAGGUACAGGCAGAGAUAGGCUCAAUUAG